UCCGUAGUGUUCUUCCACGGCUUGGAGGCGCGGGGAAGAAUCCGCCGUCACAUCCCCAAAGGAGCUUCUCGCGGGCUUUUUCUUUUUUUGCUGACGUCCUGGUUCUUUUUCCGUCAUCUUUCUUUGCUGCUCAGGACGUUUCUUCUGUUAUUUAGGGGAGAAGCUGUGUUUUGAGCAAGCGUUUGCCCAUCAUUCUCACCCACCCCCAUGAAUGGUUAGGGCUAUUGAAAGGCUCCUAAAGAUGUGGCCCGAUAACUUUUAUGUGAGUAGUCAGUCCAGAGAAAUCCUUCAAUGUCCGCUAAGAAAUCCAGUUGAUUUGUUUCACUCUGAGACUAUUGUGAAAAUAUGUGCUCCUAUGGUUAGAUAUUCAAAAUUGCCUUUCAGAACGUUAGUCCGGAAAUACAACUGUGAUUUAUGCUACACUCCAAUGAUUGUUGCGGCCGAUUUUGUCAGAUCUGUAAAAGCUAGACACAGUGAAUUUACUACAAACCAGGGUGAUCGCCCUCUGAUUGUUCAGUUUGCCGCUAAAGAUGCACAAGUUCUAGCCGAUGCUGCUUGUAUCAUCAGUCCCUUUGCCAAUGGCGUAGAUGUAAAUUGUGGCUGUCCACAGAGGUGGGCUAUGGCAGAAGGUUUUGGUGCUUGCCUAAUAAACAAACCAGAACUGGUGCAAGAGAUGGUGAGGCUGGUCAGAAAUCAAGUGGAAAACCCCAUGUUUUCAGUAUCUAUUAAGAUAAGGAUUCAUGAUGACCUAAAGAGAACUGUAGACCUGUGUCAGAAAGCGGAAGCAGCUGGAGUGUCCUGGAUUACAGUCCAUGGGAGAAAUGUAGAAGAAAGACACCAGCCAGUACACUAUGAUGCAAUUAAAAUAAUUAAACAAAGUAUGUCUAUACCGGUGAUAGCUAAUGGUGACAUUAAAUCUUUAAAAGAUGUGAAGGACGUGCAUCAAAAAACAGGAACAGAUGGUAUCAUGGUUGCUAGGGGGCUUUUAGCCAAUCCUGCCAUGUUUGCAGGCUAUGAAGAAACGCCUCUGCGGUGCCUGCAAGACUGGGUCGAUAUUGCUCUUGAACAUGGGACUCCUUUUGCAUGCUUUCACCACCAUUUAAUGUACAUGCUGGAAAGGAUUACUUCAAAGCAAGAAAAGAAAGUUUUCAAUGUUUUAUCAAGUACAUCGGCUGUUUUAGACUACCUUAGAAAUAACUACGGUGUGCACUAACUUUAAAAUAUAAAGACUUCGAUUUCAUUGUUCUACAAUGGGACGUUAAACUCAGAAUAUUUUAUUUUUCUAUAUGAAAAAUGUUUUUAUCUCUGAAUUGUUCUUACCGGAGUCCCUCAGAUGAAUGUGCUUACAAUGUUUUAACAUGUUCUUAAUAAUAAAGCUGUACAAAUGUCACAUUGGA